CAUCAGAGCGUCAACAUGAAAGUUCGUCACACUUUGAUCUGCUUUUUCUUCUUCACAGUGCUGCAAGACGGAAACAUUGGUCUCAUCAAUGCACAAAUCCCCAUUUUUACAAGAACUGCAGGACAAAGUAUCACAGUUCCCUGUAACUUUACAGAGACUGGAAGCAAGAAGUACUUCUGUAAACACAAAUCUGAAGAAACAACCAGUCUUAAAUUGGUUAAUGACUGUGAUCAAGAAGAACGCAUUCUUGAAAUGGAUGGUGUCAGUGCUCAAAGAGGCAGAUACAGCAUGAGAUAUAAAACCACAGGUACAGGAAGUCGUCUGGAUGUGACCAUCACACAUCUGAACAAAUCUGACUCUGGACGUUACACCUGUGCUUUGGACAAACCUUUGUCAAGAGAUCCAUUCAAAGAGUUUAAGAUCAUCGUCACAGAUGCUCCGUCCACUUCAACACCAAAGAUGACUACUAGACCCUUUUUAACAUCGGCCCCAUCAGCUUCCACAACAACAACAACAACAACAACCACAAACCAGUCUGAACAAACAGCUGGAGGUUCAGGUGGGCUGCUGUAUGUGGGUCUGACUCUGGUCAUCAUCGUGUUCCUGUCCUCUGUGGCUGUGCUGAUACACAAGAAAAGAGCCUCUAAACCCAAAGAACAUCCUGAGGAAACAGAGUGUGCUAAUGUCACAGAGACCAGCCGAGUGUACGAGGAGAUCAGAGAGGGUGGCGGACAGAGCAGAUCUCCUCCUGUGGAAAACUCAGUCCAAACCUCAGUUGUCUACAGCUUGGUCCCUGCUGCAGCAUCCCGUCCUCUGAGCAAAACUGAAGACGACUGGAGUGAAGUCGUCUACACUCGGGUUGAUUUUUCCAACAGAUACGCCGCCUCACUCAGCAGCGCCCCCUCUGGUCAUGUGAUCUACUCUGCGCCUCGAAAACGCACUAAUGCCAGAAUAGUUUCGUAG